UUUUUUCAGAAAACGAAACUGAAGAUAGAUCGGCUUUUGGCAGGAGAGUGCAGUUGGUGUUGGGGGUGUGGUGGUGUGUCCCCGGACUGCAUACAGGAAAAUUGGCUUGUUAAAGUCGCCUUUUUAGUGGUUGAUCAGAUAUUUUUUGUGCCGCUUACUGUUGGAGAUAGGGUGGCUGUCCGGCAUACUGUUCCACAGGAAUGGCAACUUCACGGCCUCUGCUGAUUCCCUGGCUGGUUGAACAGAUAGACAGUGGACGGUACCCUGGAUUGCGCUGGGUCAAUCAUGAGAAAACGGAGUUCUCUGUUCCCUGGAAACACGCUUUAAGACAGGACUCCUCUGGAGAUGAUGUUAUGAUUUUUAAGGCUUGGGCGGAGAUCACAGACGUGGAAGGGCAGAGGCUGCAUGAUCCUUCCGUAUGGAAAAGGAACUUCCGCAGUGCCCUCCGAGCCAAAGGCUUCCAAAUGAUCAUGGACAACAAGAAUGAUGAGGUUAACCCCCACAAAGUGUUCAGGUUUCCGGAAGGCCAGCGAGAGGCAAGUGCAGGACGAGUGGGAAAGCGGGUGAGACGGGAAACAAAGAGAGAUGCUGAAAGCCGUGCGGCUGGGAACGCAGGAUCCCAGAAACUUUGUGUGUACCCUGCUGUAAGUCCUCAGUUCCAUGCAUGUGAAGAACUGAACCUUGCAGAAGAGACAGCUAUCCCAAAUCUUCAAGAUUUUGAUCAAUAUUACAGCUCCAGAACUGGCAACCUUGAUGCAUGUCUGAAAGAAUUGAAUAUCUCUGGGACCCAACAAGAAGUGGUACAUCCCACUGUGCAACUAGGCCAAGAGGGAUUUACCACUGAGGGAGCUGUAGGGGUGGAUUCCGAACAACAGAGACUGAUGGAGUUCAAGAAUGCGAUGAGCAGGACUAAGGUGGAAGACACUCUGUGUACCUAUUUUAAUGUGUUUGUGUACUACAGAGGAGUGAAGGUUCUAGAAAAGCUGGUGGAAAAUAACGCUGGAUUCAGGGUGGUGUUCAGUCCUGAACAGAUGCACUGUGACCAGCAACUAGAAACGGUCAUCCUGCCAAGUCCAGAUCAGAUCCCCAUUCGCGACCAGAUGCAAGCCCAGCUGACUAGGCGCAUCUUGGAGAAGCUGGGGGCAGGGCUGGAGGUCAUCACACAGGGUGCUGCUGUUUACGCGCUACGGCGCGGGGACAGUCAUGUCUACUGGAGCCUGUGUAAGCACGAUAGGAGCGGUGUGCCCCAAGAGGUCAGCAAACAAGGCAACCAGCUGCACACGCUGAAGGAAUUCAUCACAGGCCUGCUGGAAUUCAUGAAGAGUAAAGGUCCAUCACCCUCAUGCUCUCUCUUCUUCUGCCUGGGGGAGAAGUGGCCAGAUCCCUCACAGAGACCUUGGGAGAAGAAGCUCAUCACAGUAGAGGUCAGCCUAACCUCUCUGGAGUUGCUGAAGACAAUUGCAGUGGAUGGUGGUGCCUCCUCUCUGCAGUCGGCGGACCUGCAGCUUUCUGGCUCUCUCAACUUAAUGAGCUCUUUGGAGGAAAUGAUGGAUCUUUUUUAAAAAUCUGUCAGUGGAGACUGUUAAUAUAUGUAACAUUUUUAUGAGAGGAAAACUCCGUAAGGUACUGCUCCAGACAUCUGAGUUGAAACAGAGCAGUGGUACCUCUGGUUUGAGUGAGGCUUACAGAGUCACAAUUAUGAUGUUUCUCAGUCUCAUUUUUUUGCCGAUAUGACGGUAGUUAUGGAUUGCCAUUUGAGGAAUGUCUCCAAAAGGGACCAUCACAAAUAUGUAUUCAUAUGACUGCAAACCAAAUUGUAACAUAGUGGCAAAACUAAUGAAUCUGAACAACCUCAUUAAAACACAAAGACUGAUA